AUGGAACAUAAGGAAGUGGUUCUUCUACUUCUUUUAUUUCUGAAAUCAGCACUACCUGAGCAAAGCCAUGUGGUCCAGGAUUGCUACCAUGGUGAUGGACAGAGUUAUCAAGGCACAUCCUCCACCACUGUCACAGGAAGGACCUGCCAAGCUUGGUCAUCUAUGGAACCACAUCAGCAUAAUAGAACCACAGAAAACUACCCAAAUGCUGGCUUGAUCAGGAACUACUGCAGGAAUCCAGAUCCUGUGGCAGCCCCUUAUUGUUAUACGAUGGAUCCCAAUGUCAGGUGGGAGUACUGCAACCUGACACAAUGCUCCGACGCAGAAGGGACUGCCGUCGCACCUCCGAAUGUCACCCCGGUUCCAAGCCUAGAGGCUCCUUCCGAACAAGCACCGACUGAGCAAAGGCCUGGGGUGCAGGAGUGCUACCACGGUAAUGGACAGAGUUAUCGAGGCACAUACUUCACCACUGUGACAGGAAGAACCUGCCAAGCUUGGUCAUCUAUGACACCGCACUCUCAUAGUCGGACCCCGGAAAACUACCCAAAUGGUGGCUUGAUCAGGAACUACUGCAGGAAUCCAGAUCCUGUGGCAGCCCCUUAUUGUUAUACGAUGGAUCCCAAUGUGAGGUGGGAGUACUGCAACCUAACACAAUGCUCAAACGCAGAAGGGACUGCCGUCACACCUCUGACUGUUACCCCGGUUCCAAGCCUAGAGGCUCCUUCCGAACAAGCACCAACUGAGCAAAGGCCUGGUGUCCAGGAGUGCUACCAUGGUAAUGGACAGACUUAUCGAGGCACAUACUUCAUCACUGUGACAGGAAGAACCUGCCAAGCUUGGUCAUCUAUGACACCACAUUCUCAUAGUCGUACCCCAGAAAACUACCCAAAUGGUGGCUUGAUCAGGAACUACUGCAGGAAUCCGGAUCCUGUGGCAGCCCCUUAUUGUUAUACGAUGGAUCCCAAUGUCAGGUGGGAGUACUGCAACCUGACACAAUGCUCAGACGCAGAAGGGACUGCCGUCACACCUCUGACUGUUACCCCGGUUCCAAGCCUAGAGGCUCCUUCCGAACAAGCAUUGCCGAUUCCGAGAAAUAGGACUCUGGAGCCUGUCGCCCUGGAGAAGCCUAACAGGGCUUCCUUUAUUCCAUAUCACCCUGGGUCAAUAGAGCGUGGCUUGAUCAGGAACUACUGCAGGAAUCCAGAUCCUGUGACAGCCCCUUAUUGUUAUACGAUGGAUCCCAAUGUCAGGUGGGAGUACUGCAACCUGACACAAUGCUCAGACGCAGAGGGGACUGCCGUCGCACCUCCGACUGUCACCCCGGUUCCAAGCCUAGAGGCUCCUUCUGAGCAAGCACCGACUGAGCAAAGGCCUGGGGUGCAGGAGUGCUACCACGGUAAUGGACAGAGUUAUCGAGGCACAUACUUCACCACUGUGACAGGAAGAACCUGCCAAGCUUGGUCAUCUAUGACACCGCACUCUCAUAGUCGGACCCCGGAAAACUACCCAAAUGGGUAUGUCUUUGUUCUUUACCCACCGACUGAGCAAAGGCCUGGGGUGCAGGAGUGCUACCACGCACCGACUGAGCAAAGGCCUGGGGUGCAGGAGUGCUACCACGGUAAUGGACAGAGUUAUCGAGGCACAUACUUCACCACUGUGACAGGAAGAACCUGCCAAGCUUGGUCAUCUAUGACACCGCACUCUCAUAGUCGGACCCCGGAAAACUACCCAAAUGGUGGCUUGAUCAGGAACUACUGCAGGAAUCCAGAUCCUGUGGCAGCCCCUUAUUGUUAUACGAUGGAUCCCAAUGUCAGGUGGGAGUACUGCAACCUGACACAAUGCUCAGACGCAGAGGGGACUGCCGUCGCACCUCCGAAUGUCACCCCGGUUCCAAGCCUAGAGGCUCCUUCUGAGCAAGGAUGGGCACAAAACCUCCAGGGUGUGCCCAGAAAGUUUUCCAGGGAUUUCUUCAAUGGCUUGAUCAGGAACUACUGCAGGAAUCCAGAUCCUGUGGCAGCCCCUUAUUGUUAUACGAUGGAUCCCAAUGUCAGGUGGGAGUACUGCAACCUGACACAAUGCUCAGACGCCGAGGGGACUGCCGUCGCACCUCCGACUGUCACCCCGGUUUCAAGCCUAGAGGCUCCUUCUGAGCAAGCACCGACUGAGCAAAGGCCUGGGGUGCAGGAGUGCUACCAUGGUAAUGGACAGAGUUAUCGAGGCACAUUCUUCACCACUGUCACAGGGAGAACCUGUCAAGCUUGGUCAUCUAUGACACCGCACUCUCAUAGUCGGACCCCAGAAAACUACCCAAAUGGUGGCUUGGCCAAGAACUACUGCCGAAAUCCAGAUCCUGUGGCAGCCCCUUGGUGUUAUACAACGGAUCCCAGUGUCAGGUGGGAGUACUGCAACCUGACACGAUGCUCAGAUGCAGAAGGGACUGCUGUCGUGCCUCCAAAUAUUAUUCCGGUUCCAAGACUAGAGGCUUUUCUUGAACAAGAACCGACUGAGGAAACCCCCGGGGUACAGGAGUGCUACUACCAUUAUGGACAGAGUUAUCGAGGCACAUACUCCACCACUGUUACAGGAAGAACUUGCCAAGCUUGGUCAUCUAUGACACCACACCAGCAUAGUCGGACCCCAAAAAACUAUCCAAAUGCUGGCCUGACCAGGAACUACUGCAGGAAUCCAGAUGCUGAGAUUCGCCCUUGGUGUUAUACCAUGGAUCCCAGUGUCAGGUGGGAGUACUGCAACCUGACACAAUGUCUGGUGACAGAAUCAAGUGUCCUUGAAACUCUCACAGUGGUCCCAGAUCCAAGCACACAGGCUUCUUCUGAAGAAGCACCAACGGAGCAAAGUCCCGAGGUCCAGGACUGCUACCAUGGUGAUGGACAGAGUUAUCGAGGCUCAUUCUCCACCACUGUCACAGGAAGAACAUGUCAGUCUUGGUCCUCUAUGACACCACACUGGCAUCAGAGGACAACAGAAUAUUAUCCAAAUGGUGGCCUGACCAGGAACUACUGCAGGAAUCCAGAUGCUGAGAUUCGCCCUUGGUGUUAUACCAUGGAUCCCAGUGUCAGGUGGGAGUACUGCAACCUGACACAAUGUCCAGUGACAGAAUCAAGUGUCCUCGCAACGUCCAUGGCUGUUUCUGAACAAGCACCAAUGGAGCAAAGCCCCGGGGUCCAGGACUGCUACCAUGGUGAUGGACAGAGUUAUCGAGGUUCAUUCUCCACCACUGUCACAGGAAGGACAUGUCAGUCUUGGUCCUCUAUGACACCACACUGGCAUCAGAGGACCAUAGAAUACUACCCAAAUGGUGGCCUGACCAAGAACUACUGCAGGAAUCCAGAUGCUGAGAUUCGCCCUUGGUGUUAUACCAUGGAUCCCAGAGUCAGAUGGGAGUACUGCAACCUGACACAAUGUGUGGUAAUGGAAUCAAGUGUCCUUGCAACUCCCAUGGUGAUCCCAGUUCCAAGCAGAGAGGUUCCUUCUGAAGAAGCACCAACUGAAAACAGCCCUGGGGUCCAGGACUGCUACCAAGGUGAUGGACAGAGUUAUCGAGGCACAUUCUCCACCACUAUCACGGGAAGAACAUGUCAGUCUUGGUUGUCUAUGACACCACAUUGGCAUCGGAGGAUCCCAUUAUACUAUCCAAAUGCUGGCCUGACCAGGAACUACUGUAGAAAUCCAGAUGCUGAGAUUCGCCCUUGGUGUUACACCAUGGAUCCCAGUGUCAGGUGGGAGUACUGCAACCUGACACAAUGUCCAGUGACAGAAUCAGGUGUCCUCACAACUCCCACGGUGGUCCCGGUUCCAAGCACAGAGGCUCCUUCUGAACAAGCACCACCUGAGCAAAGCCCUGUGGUCCAGGAUUGCUACCAUGGUGAUGGACAGAGUUAUCGAGGCACAUCCUCCACCACUGUCACAGGAAGGAACUGUCAAUCUUGGUCAUCUAUGACACCACACUGGCAUCAGAGGACCCCAGAAAACUACCCAAAUGCUGGCCUGACCAGGAACUACUGUAGGAAUCCAGAUUCUGGGAAACAACCCUGGUGUUACACGACUGAUCCAUGUGUGAGGUGGGAGUACUGCAACCUGAUACAAUGCUCAGAAACAGAAUCAGGUGUCCUAGAGACUCCCACUGUUGUUCCGGUUCCAAGCAUGGAAGCUCAUUCUGAAGCAGCACCAACUGAGCAAAGCCCUGUGGUCCAGGAGUGCUACCAUGGUAAUGGACAGAGUUAUCGAGGCACAUUCUCCACCACUGUCACAGGAAGGACAUGUCAAUCUUGGUCAUCCAUGACACCACACCAGCAUAAGAGGACCCCGGAAAACCACCCAAAUGAUGGUUUGACAAUGAACUACUGCAGGAAUCCAGGUGCUGACACAGGCCCUUGGUGUUUUACCAUGGACCCCAGCGUCAGGUGGGAGUACUGCAACCUGACGCGAUGCUCAGACACAGAAGGGACUGUGGUCACACCUCCGACUGUUAUCCCGGUUCCAAGCCUAGAGGCUCCUUCUGAACGAGCAUCCUCUUCAUUUGAUUGUGGGAAGCCUCAAGUGGAGCCAAAGAAAUGUCCUGGAAGCAUUGUAGGGGGGUGUGUGGCCCACCCACAUUCCUGGCCCUGGCAAGUCAGUCUUAGAACAAGGUUUGGAAAGCACUUCUGUGGAGGCACCUUAAUAUCCCCAGAGUGGGUGCUGACUGCUGCUCGCUGCUUGGAGACGUUCUCAAGGCCUUCAUUCUACAAGGUCAUCCUGGGUGCACACCAAGAAGUGAAUCUCGAAUCUCAUGUUCAGGAAAUAGAAGUGUGUAGGUUGUUCUUGGAGCCCACAGGAGCAGAUAUUGCCUUGCUAAAGCUAAGCAGGCCUGCCAUCAUCACUGACAAAGUAAUCCCAGCCUGUCUGCCAUCUCCAAAUUACGUGGUCACCGCCUGGACUGAAUGUUACAUCACUGGCUGGGGAGAAACCCAAGGUACCUUUGGGGCUGGCCUUCUCAAAGAAGCCCAGCUUCAUGUGAUUGAGAAUACAGUGUGUAAUCGCUACGAGUUUCUGAAUGGAAGAGUCAAAUCCACCGAGCUCUGUGCUGGGCAUUUGGCUGGAGGCACUGACAGUUGCCAGGGUGACAGUGGAGGGCCUGUGGUUUGCUUCGACAAGGACAAAUACAUUUUACGAGGAAUAACUUCUUGGGGUCCUGGCUGUGCACGCCCCAAUAAGCCUGGUGUCUAUGUUCGUGUUUCAAGCUUUGUCACUUGGAUUGAGGGAGUGAUGAGAAAUAAUUAAUUGAACAAGAGACAGAGUGAAGCAUUGACUCACCUAGAGGCUGGAAUGUGGGUAGGGAUUUAGCACGCUGGAAAUAAUGGACAGUAAUCAAACGAAGACACUGUCCCCAGCUACCAACUAUGCCAAACCUCAGCAUUUUUGGUAUUAUUGUGUAUAAGCUUUUCCCGUCUGACUGCUGGGUUCUCCAAUACGGUGACAUAGCUAUGCCAUUUGUUAAAAAUAAACUCGGUACUUAUUUUGAUUUGAGUAAAUUUUGGUUUUGGUCUUCAA